AUGGCGACGGUGCCACCACCCGGGCGCAUCACCCGGGUUCUCAUAGCCAACCGGGGUGAGAUCGCCGUGCGCAUCAUCAAGACGCUGCGCAAGAUGAACAUCCAAGCCGUUGCCAUCUACGCCGACGCCGACGCUCAGUCCGCCCACGUCCGCGACGCAGAUAUCGCGCUGCGGCUCUCAGGGCGCACCGUCGCCGAGACAUACCUCAACACCGACCAGGUCCUGGCACUGGCGAAGUCCGUGUCCGCCGACGCCAUCAUCCCCGGCUACGGGUUCCUGUCCGAGAGCGCCGAGUUCGCCGCGAGGGUCGACACCGAGGGCAUGGUCUGGGUCGGCCCGACACCCGCGCAGAUGUCCGAGCUGGGCCUCAAGCACCGCGCCCGCUCCAUAGCCGCCGAGGCCGGCGUCCCAGUCGUGCCUGGGAGCAGCGGGCUCGUCGCCUCGGUCGAGGACGCACUGCGCGAGGCGCGGCGGGUAGGGUUCCCGCUCAUGCUCAAGAGCAGCGCCGGAGGGGGUGGGAUCGGGAUCCGGCGCUGCGAAGACGCCCGAGAGCUCGAGGAGGCGCUGAAGAGCGUGCGGCGACUCGCGGCGGCCAGUUUCGGCGAUAGUUCCGUCUUCCUGGAGCGUUACAUCGCGAAAGCUCUUCACGUCGAGGUUCAGAUCCUCGGAGACGGUACCGGCCGUGUCAUAACUGCUGGCGACCGAGAUUGCUCUCUGCAGCGGCGCCACCAGAAGUUGCUAGAGGAGAGCCCUGCUCUGAUGGUCCCGGCCACGAUGAGGGCGCAGAUGAGAGACGCCGCAGUCCGGCUCGCGUCGGCCGUCAAGUAUCGGAAUGUGGGAACCGUCGAGUUCAUAUAUGAUUUGGACGCUCAAUACUUUUACUUUCUCGAAGUGAACACCCGUCUGCAAGUCGAGCACACCAUCACCGAGGCAGUCACGGGGCUUGAUCUUGUCGAGGCCAUGUUAGAGAUUGCUGAGGACGGAGGCCAGCAGCUUUUUCAGAGAUACCCCAACGGCAUCGUGCCCAUGAUGGGUGUCGCCAUCGAGGUGAGGCUGUACGCAGAGGACCCGCUGCAGAAUUUCCACCCGUGCGCCGGCCGCAUCCUCGAACUCGAGUUGCCCCCAGAUCUACGCGUCGACACGUGGGUUUCCUGCGGUACAGAAGUGACGACCUCGUAUGACCCAAUGCUGGCAAAGCUGAUUGCGAAGGGGAGUAACCGCCGUGAGGCAGUCGCAAGACUGUGUGAGGGUCUUGAUGCGACCCGGAUCGUCGGGAUCGAGACCAACCUCGACUAUUUGCGGCAGUUGACCGCUGCUCCCUUUUUUCAGUCCGGCUAUUACACGACUAAGUCGUUGGAUAUUUUCCGCUUCACCUCAUCGUCAUUUAGGGUGGGAGAGCCUGGCAGUCUGACGACCAUCCAAGAUUGGCCAGGGCGAAUGGGAUACUGGAACGUCGGUGUUCCCCCUUGUGGUCCUAUCGACGACCUGUCCUUCAGAAUUGCGAAUCGCCUCGUCGGCAACCAUGAGAGCUGUGCUGGGCUCGAGUGUUAUAUCAAGGGCCCGUCUCUCACUUUCCACUGUGAUGCCCUCGUUGCUGUAGUGGGCGCCUUGACCGCAGUCCACAUCGACAAGCAACGCGCGCCUAUGAACCAGGCUGUCCGUAUUCAAGCCGGUAGUACCCUGACUUCCGGGUUGGUCGAGUCGGGCUCUCGUUUCUAUAUCGCUGUCCGUGGCGGCAUCGACGUCCCCCUUGUUAUGGGUAGUCGGGCCACUUUCGAGCUUGGCCAAAUGGGAGGCUCAGCCGGCCGCAAGCUGCAGCGCGGAGAUCUCAUCCGUCUGGGGGACUCGUCCGAGUUCGCAGCUACUAAGGACGAGGCUCUUCUUGUCGCGCCGGCUGUGCCAGUCCCGCUACAGCCAAAGACAGAAUGGACGAUAGGUGUAGUACCAGGCCCGCAUAGUGCACCGGACUUCUUCACCGUGGAGGGCCUUGCUUCCCUCUUUGACAGCGCAUGGACUGUUCACUACAACAGCAACCGACUCGGCAUUCGUCUGAAGGGGCCGAGACCCCAGUGGGCACGACAGGACGGCGGCGGAGCUGGCUUGCACCCAUCCAACAUCCACGACAGUCCGUACUCGAUUGGAAGCGUAAGCUUCACUGGCGACGAGGCGGUCGUUCUGACGUGUGACGGCCCCAGUCUUGGUGGUUUCGUCGUUUUCAGUGUUGUGGCCUCGGCAGAGAUGUGGAAGCUGGGCCAGGUCAGACCGGGAGACACCAUCCGGCUUCAGCCCAUCAACGUCGAGAAAGCUUCCGAACUGAACGCCAAGCUCACCCGUGCUAUCAAGGAUCUCGCUCCUCUGCCGAGGUUGGAAAGGCCGGGUGUUGGGCCCAUUACCAGUAUGCCUGAUGCGACAGUGCUGGGUGUGAUUCACCACAAUGAGCAGCGAAUCCUGGUCCGACAGGCAGGCGACUGUGCUGUGCUCUUGGAUUUUGGUGAUUCCAGCGGGUUCAGACUCCGCCAGAGCUUUGAAAUCCUGGUCUUCGGCCAGCACCACCAGACGCAGAAGGCCAUACCCGGCGUUGAAGAGCUCACACCCGGCGUCUGUGCUCUGCACGUGAGGUACGCCCCUGGCACCGCGCCCCGGACCAUCCUGGACCGCCUCGCCCUACACGUGCAGUCCUAUGCCGUCCCUGAGCAAGUGCCAUCCCGUCGUGUCCAACUCCCGCUUGCCUUCGACGACACUGUCACUCGAGCGGCCGUCGAGCGGUAUGCAGCCACGAUCCGCGCCAGCGCACCAUGGCUUCCCAGCAACAUCGACUUCCUCACGCAGCUCAACGGGGUCGACCGGGCUGACCUACGAGGCAUCCUGGAGACCUCGGACUUCCUGGUUCUGGGCCUCGGCGACGUGUAUCUCGGCUCGCCGUGCGCUGUGCCACUGGACCCCCGUCAUCGACUCUUUGGGACCAAGUAUAACCCCUCAAGGACCUUCACUCCAAGAGGAGCCGUCGGUAUCGGGGGGCAGUACAUGUGCAUUUAUGCGGCCGACUCCCCCGGCGGCUAUCAGCUGGUAGGACGAACCAUCGACAACAUUUGGGACCCUUCCGCCGCCGUGGGUACCACCAAGGGCACCUUGCAGCAGCAGCAGCAGCAGCAGCAGCAAUUCAUGUUCAAGAUCUUCGACCAGAUCAAUUUCUACGCCAUCACCGAGGCCGAGCUCGACGGCGCCCAGGCGUCCGGGACCCAAGGGGAUCUGGUGCGCGUCGAGGACGGCGUGCUGGAUCUCGCCGCGCACGAGGCCUGGGCGGAUUCCAACCGCGAGGAUAUCGCCGCGACGGCCGCGGGGGGGGCCCGGGCGAUAGAGGCGGCUCCCUUUCUUGGCGAGCUGACCGAGCCCCGCGAGGCCGCCGAGGACGUGGUCGGCGGAGGCGGGUGGCCGGGGGCGGAGGAGGAAGGCGAGGCAGGCGAGGAGGAUGGGUGUAACAGGGUCAAGGCCGGGAUUCCGGGGCGCUGCUGGAGGCUCUUGGUCAAGGAGGGUGACAGAGUACAGGCCGGCUCGGUACUGGCCUACCUCGAGUCGUGCAAGAUGGAGGUCAAGAUCCCGAGUCCUGUGGAUGGUGUCUGUUUGAAGGCGCGUGUGAAGGAAGGCGCUGUGGUCGACGCCCACGAUACCCUGGUAGUAAUUCGACCUGACCCAAAAGAAGAGCCGCACGACAUCUGA